GUGCGGUGACUCGAGUGGUGGAGCCGGGCUCCGCGAGGCUGUGCGUCCUGGGCCGUGUCGCGCGCUGCGGCUCGUGCGGCUCGGCCCGGGCUGCGGCGGGAGCGAAGAUGCCACAACCCGUGUCCCGGAGCGCCGCCAUCCCGGCCUGCGGGUGUCGCGGAAACUGAUAAUGGGAAGUCUCACAGUUCGGUAUUUCUGCUAUGGGUGUCUUUUUACAUCUGCUACCUGGACAGUUCUGCUUUUCAUUUAUUUCAACUUCAGUGAAGUGACUCAGCCCCUUAAGAAUGUGCCCAUCAAGGGGUCUGGGCCCCACGGACCAUUUCCCAAAAAAUUCUACCCACGUUUUACUCGAGGUCCAGGUCGAGUAUUAGAUCCACAGUUCAAAGCGAACAGAAUCGAUGAUUUGAUGAAUAAUCACAUGGACGAUCCAGAUAAAGGCCUCUCAAAAUCCUCCUCUGAGCUGGGUAUGAUUUUCAAUGAACGCGAUCAAGAAUUGAGAGACCUGGGCUACCAGAAACAUGCCUUUAAUAUGCUUAUUAGUAACCGCUUGGGGUACCACCGAGAAGUGCCAGACACCAGGAAUGCAGAGUGUAGGGGGAAGUCCUACCCGGCUGACCUGCCAGUUGCUAGUGUUGUGAUCUGUUUCUACAACGAAGCCUUCUCUGCCCUGCUGCGCACUGUGCACAGCGUUGUCGACCGCACGCCAGCUCACCUUCUCCAUGAGGUCGUCCUUGUGGAUGACAACAGUGACUUUGAUGAUUUAAAAGGAGAAUUAGAUGAAUAUAUCCAAAGAUACCUGCCUGCAAAAGUCAAGGUCGUAAGAAAUAUGAACCGUGAGGGGUUGGUCCGAGGAAGAAUGAUAGGAGCAGCGCAUGCUACAGGAGAAGUCCUCGUGUUCCUGGACAGCCACUGUGAAGUGAAUGUAAUGUGGCUACAGCCCUUGCUGGCCAUCAUCCUUGCGGACCCACACACGGUGGUGUGCCCCGUGAUCGACAUCAUCAGUGCUGACACGCUGGCUUACAGCUCCUCGCCAGUGGUUCGCGGAGGUUUCAACUGGGGCUUGCACUUCAAGUGGGAUCUAGUUCCCGAAUCUGAGCUGGGAGGAGCUGAUGGAGCCACGGCCCCAAUAAGGUCACCUACAAUGGCUGGAGGAUUGUUUGCCAUGAACAGACAGUAUUUUAAUGAUCUUGGACAGUAUGACAGUGGCAUGGAUAUCUGGGGAGGAGAAAAUCUGGAAAUCUCAUUUCGGAUCUGGAUGUGUGGCGGGAAGCUGUUCAUCAUUCCGUGCUCAAGGGUAGGACACAUUUUCCGCAAAAGGCGCCCGUAUGGAUCUCCUGAAGGCCAGGAUACCAUGACACACAACUCCCUGAGGCUGGCGCAUGUCUGGCUGGACGAGUACAAGGAGCAGUAUUUUUCCUUAAGACCUGAUUUGAAGACCAAAAGCUUUGGAAAUAUCAGUGAGCGUGUUGAAUUGAGGAAGAAAUUGGGCUGCCAAUCAUUCAAGUGGUAUUUGGAUAAUAUUUACCCAGAGAUGCAGAUACCUGGCCCGGAUGCCAAACCCCAGCAGCCCAUUUUCAUUAACAGAGGACCCAAGCGCCCCAAGGUCCUGCUGCGUGGAAGGCUCUACCACUUGCAGACCAACAAAUGCCUGGUGGCCCAGGGCCGCUCCAGCCAGAAAGGAGGCCUGGUGCUGCUUAGGGCCUGUGACUAUGGAGACCCGACUCAGGUCUGGAUUUACAACGAAGAGCAUGAAUUGAUUUUAAACAAUCUCCUUUGCCUCGACAUGUCAGAAACUCGCUCAUCAGAUCCACCCCGACUCAUGAAGUGCCAUGGGUCGGGAGGGUCCCAGCAGUGGACAUUUGGGAAGAACAACCGGCUGUACCAAGUGUCUGUUGGACAGUGCCUGAGGGCAGUGGACCUGACGGACCGGAAAGGCUCUGUUGGCAUGGCAAUCUGUGAUGGCUCAUCGUCUCAGCAGUGGCGCCUAGAGGAUUAAGGUGGGACAACAUAGUUCACCUGGUUUUGCCACACCUGCCGAAAAUCAAAGGU